GGUGCCCCUGGGCCGACUGCCCUCGGAGCUGAUCGUUGGGGUGCCCUUGUCAUUGCAGAGCUGCCCGAGGACUGCCGGGGGAGGUGGGAGAGCUUCGUGGAGGAGACGCUGACGGAGACGAACCGGAGGAACACGGUGGAUUUGGUGAGCACCCACCACCUGCACUCCUCCAGUGAGGAUGAGGACAUUGAAAGUGCUUUUCCCAAUGAACUUACUCUCCAGCAGGCCUUCUCCGAGUACCAGAUCCAGCAGAUGACGGCCAACUUCGUGGAUCAGUUCGGCUUCAACGACGAGGAGUUCGCAGACCAGGACGACAACAUCAACGCUCCCUUCGACAGGAUCGCGGAGAUCAACUUCAACAUCGACGCCGACGACGACAGCCCCAAUGCCUCCCUGUUUGAAGCCUGUUGCAACGAGCGGAUCCAGCAGUUCGACGACAACGAGGAGGAGGAGGACAUCUGGGAGGAGAAGGAGAUCACCUAUGCAACCCAGGUCAAAUCAAGAACACGGUUUGGAGCGUCACAGACCUCGGAGGGCUCGUCCAAGAGCGACCUGGAGAACGGAGACCACGAUGGGAGCGUGGACUCGGAGGAGGAGGAGGAGCCCGAGCAGCAGCCACCUCCCCCCUCAGCAAACAACCCCAAGAGCAGCAUUUCUGAGCAGAAGGAGUCCUCUGACACCUCUGAAGGGGCCGGCUGGACGGCGGUGUUCGAGCCCGUGAGCUCCAAGCCCCCCGUGCCCUGCGUGGCCAUGGACGUGGGCUCCAGCGUGUGGGACUCGGCCGCCCCGCAGAGCUCCGCGCCCGAGGAGAAGGGCUGGGCCAAGUUCACAGACUUCCAGCCCUUCUGCUGCUCAGAGUCAGGCCCCCGCUGCAGCUCCCCCGUGGACACGGAAAGCGGCGACUCCGACGGGACCCCGAAGCAGGGCCAGGACAAGAACUUCAGCCCCGGCUCCCCCUGCGUGUGGAACGUGUGUGUGACACGGAAGGCGCCGCUGGUGGCCUCGGACAGCAGCUCCUCGGGCGGCUCCGACAGCGACGACGACGACGACAAGGCCGAGCCUGGCACGGCCCCCGCGGGCACGGCCCAGGGGCAGGAGGGCAACCAGGCCCCCGGGGAGGCCAGGAAGGACACGGCGGUGAUCUCCAGUGACACCGACUCUGUGGUGGUGGAGAAAAUGGCCAUCGCUGACCUGGGGUCACCCAAGGCCCCCAACACCCUCAACAACGUGGCCCCACACUCAGAGGGGCACCAGAAAGUGGCCACUGUCGUCACAACCGUCACGGAAACGGCCACGAAAGACAGGAAAGAAGAGGCCUUGCCCUGCGCCGAAGCCACGUUGAACGGCCCCGCUUGAUGCCGCCGCUGCCACGGGACGUGUGUGACCCAGGCCAGGCUGCUCCUGGUGAUGCAAUUUGUCAAUUCUUAUUAUUUUUUUUUUCCAUUUUAAUUUUAUUUUUUAAUAAAUGCUGCAUUGAUGAGAGCGAGCUGGCAUUGAGGACCAGACACGCAGUUCCAACACCAACGGUCUGUCCGGAGAGACACUUUGCAUUGUCCAAAUGUAGCAUUGAGCAGUUUAGUCCUCACAGGAAUGACGGGCUCUUCCCAAGCAAAGCCUUCUGCCUGAUUUGAGUUGUCCCCUUUCCCCGUCUCCCUCGUUUUUGUUUUGUAUUUGGGGUUCAAGUCCUAUUUUCCGAGUGUUAUUGCACACAGUAUUCAGCUUCUCUUGGGAAAGGUAGCAGGUCUAACGCCGGGACGGGGACAGUGCACAAGAGUCCCGCAGUCGUGUGACCAAAGUUCCUGAUGGAGCUGUCCUCGGGCAGCCUUUGCACCGCUUUUGUAUAGCAAUAAAGCCUUAUCAGAAACAUUUCA